ACAAGUGACGCAGCUGUCUUCAGUCAGACUGACUGACACUUCUUACAUACGCGCACACGGCUCUGUAGAAAAUAUUUUUAGGCGACACCACUGAAAAAAAUCACAUAAUAUGGACAAUCAAAAGUAUGCCGUGAGCAUCAAACUUAUUGGGGUGAUGCACAAAGAAACCGUUAAGAUGUACAUGACUUCGGUGCUUUGGUCUGACGACAACGAAAUGGUUGUGUACCGGUCCCUUCAAGAUUUCAAGGACCUACAUUGGAAACUGAAGAAAAGGUUCCCCCCACAAAACCCUCUGAAGAAAUCUGAGAGACUUGUUCCAAAAUUUAAAGCAAAGAAGGCAAAGAAUAACGUUGGCAAAAAGGGCCCCAGCAAGUCUGUGCUGAGGCUGAAGGCCCUGGAGCAGUACUGCAAUGACUUGCUGAACAGCGACAACCGUGUUGCUCACAGUGCUGACUUUCGGCAGUUCUUGCUUCCUAACAGCAAGGACAUGUCACCAGAAUUUUCCAAAAACAGCAUUGUCAUAAUGCCAUCAGAGGACGGUCUGGAUGGCGCCGGUGGUAAUGGUGACAGUAGCAGUGGUGGCAACGUAACACAGCCGUUUGUCACCGAGACCUAUCGAUGUGUGGCCCCAUACGAGACCAAAGACACCAAGAACAAACCCUUCAAGGUGGACAUUGAUCAGACCGUGGAUGUUCUCAUCAAAGACAAAGCGGGCUGGUGGCUGGUGGAGAAUGAGGCGAAAUGUAUGGCAUGGUUCCCUGCUCCGUACCUGGAGAAAGUGGAUGCAGAUAUUGGAGACGACCUUGACAACACUGAUGGAGGAGUGUUGUAUUGCUGCUCUAAGACGUUCAAAGCUAAGUCUUCCGACGAACUCUCUGUCGACAUGGGCAGUGUGGUGGAAGUUCUCCAGAAAUCGGAGAAUGGAUGGUGGCUUGUCAGGCACAAUCGCAAGACGGGCUACACCCCGUCCAUGUACCUACAGCCCUACAACAACCCGCGCGUCCAGCUGCUCACCGCCCAGAAGGAGAUGAGGAGCUCCACCCUCAACCUGGCCCAGCUGCAGCAGCGCCCUGGCUCCCCCGGGGGGGCAUCAGUAGCAUCAGGCUUCCUCCUGGCCCCCUCCAGCCAGCAGCAGCUCAGCCGCUCCCAGGGCAACCUGCUCAAGCUCCCCGGCUCUGCCUCCUCCUCCCGCUCCCCGUCCCCAACCCUCACCCCACGCCUCAACCUGAAGGACCGGUACAAGUCCCGCUCGAUGAACACGCUGGAGUCGGAAGACUCGCCGGACGCCAUCUACCAGAAUCCCCGAAGCCUGGGGGUCCCUAGUCUCCGGGUGGACCCGGGAAGCAGCCCUAACCUGGCCGCUGGAGACAGCAUGGGCAGGGAGGAGAGCGUGGAUAGAGGCAGCGAGGAGGGAAGCGAGGAGGGGGAUGACAGUGAGUUCAGCUUCAGCGACGAUGGCAGCACCUUCUCUGGCACGAGCUCGCUCAACGUGAGCCGCAGCGACCUGCGGGAGGAGCUCCAGCGUAGCCGCACGCCCGAUCCCCCCACCAGGGCGGGCCUCAGCCCCGACAGCGGCCUGGGUGUGCCUGGGGGCCGCCUGAUGCCCAGCCGCUCGCAACCCAACUUGGCCAACCUGGCCUCCACGCCCAAGGUGCCACCCAGGCCGCGGGCGAAGGAGCUGAGCCGCUGCACCACCGUCACCCGCAAGAACGCCAUGGCCAUCCAGAACCAGCGGGUACCUCAGAUCGGCACCAUCACCAGCUACUGAGGUGGAGCUAGAGGGUCAAGGGUCAAAUGGACAGGGGUGUUCAUACCGGCUUCAGAAAUGCUCUGAUUUCCUGACAGCCAUAAGAUGCAGAAUUGUAUUGUGAACCAACUGAACUUUACCAGCAUCCAAAAUGGUAGCAAUGGGCAAGAUAUGUCAUUCAAUUUGGCUUCAGCUGGGUCUGGGUCUCCAGGAUACCAGACAUCCUGGUAUCUGGUAUCAUUGUCGACUACGAUGUUUAAAGGCCACGCUCAUCCAUAGUAAUGACAAUCCUUCACACAAAUCACCAGACUGAUGGAUUUGAUUAUUUUGAGAGAACCAGUUUUAAGGCAGCAUGGAGAAGGAAUACGACAAGGUGUACGCUUUCAUAAGCUGGAAUUGAUACAGUAUGUGUCAAAAACUGUGACAGGCCUACAGGAUUCGUGGCCAGUGAACAAUAGGAAUAUUCAAAUUCUUCUAAGGACUUCAUGGCGAUAGUAUCAGCAGAUUGGACAAGCUGUUGGGGCAAUUCCCUUUGCAAAAGGCAGACUUUUCAGGACUUUUUUUCCCAACAAAACUCUUAAUUCUGCAGUUGGUGGACAUGUGGUUGUGCAAAUAGGUCCAUAUAGAAAAACUACAUCAAUGUGCCUUAUGGGAGUCUUUGUUUAGUUUUGUUACCUUUAUAAAAGAAAAAAAAUCCAUAAUGGAAAUUAUGGCUAUGCUUUCUAUGUAUUGCUCUUUAUGUGAAUUUUGAAUAAAAACAUACCUGCUUCUACAACUUCACUAUUUGUCAGUGUUGUGGAUGACACCAGGAAGCAUUUCAUCAAACUUCCU